AGAUUUGUCAAGCAUGACAAUCUGACCCUUUGUUGUUUAGUCUUGGGAGGAAGCGUUAUAAAAUGGCCAAUGAUAUUCUUAUUUUCAUUAAGAAUAUCCUUGACCUUCUGUGGGAGGGGUCUGUUGCUAAGAGGUCUCCCGGAAGUGGAAGCGUCCUCGUAUUUUUGGCUGCAUCUUCAGGCGACGUUGGGUAGCUUGUCAACAGAAACAUGGCUUCCUCUGCGUCGGGGAAAGCAUAUCAGAAUGAUAAUGCUUCUGUGGGCAGUCAAAAAUGCAGCGAAGAGCCACCCGCACAGACGCGAGAGAUUAUCAAACCGUCCAUUAUGGAACUCACCAAAGAAGUGCAGACCAAUAUCCUUUGCACUGUGGAAGGAUGUGGCAAGAUUUUACCGAACACGCCAGCCCUGAACAUGCAUCUCGUAAAGUCCCACAGAGUCAAGGAUGGUCUUGUCAACCCCACCAUCAGGAAGGACUUGAAGGGCUCCCAGAAGUUGUAUUGUUGUCCAAUAGAGGGCUGUCCACGUGGUCCCAACAGACCCUUCUCCCAGUUCUCUCUGGUUAAGCAGCACUUUAUGAAGAUGCAUGCAGAGAAGAAGCACAAAUGUUCCAAAUGCAACAAUGGCUACAGCACAGAGUGGGACCUGAGGCGGCACAUAGAGGACUGUGGGAGGACAUAUUGCUGCACGUGUGGCUGCCCCUACGCCAGCAGGGCUGCACUACUGUCUCAUAUCUACAGGACUGGCCAUGAGGUCCCAACAGAACACCGAUAUCCACCCGUGAAAAAGCGGAAGAUGGAGAGACAGAUUAGCAGCGCAGCAAAGGUCAAGCCCAGUGAAUCCAUGUGUCAGAUCAUGACAACCCACAGAGAACUCUCAGAAGGCUCCCUUCCCUCAGGCAGGAUCGGCCACACCCCAGACUCAUUCAGACAUUCCCACAAUAACCCCCCUAAACAACUCCAGAAACUCCUACUACCGAAGCCUAAAGUGGCUCUGGUGAAUGUCCCUGUGAUGCACUUGGCUCACCUCCCUGUCCUCCUCCCCUCCACAGAGAGUGGGGCUUUGAGGUCUGUGGUGCUGGCUGUGGACAGCCAAGGCUCCUUCAGCACACUCCACCUCAUGCCCCAGUCUAUGGGGGCCAUGGUGCCCCACCUGGACCCUAAGAACCUUUGCUUCAGGGGUAGCAUGCCUGCCUCUCGCUCCAGCCUGGGGCCUGUAAGCACAGGGGUGCAGGUGAGUCUAGAGCCAGGGGGUUCUGCCAAUGACCUGGUGGGACCCAGGGGGCGAAGCACUUCCACCAACAUCCAGACAGACAUAUCCUACUUAUCCAGGAUGCCUGUUGGGAUGGGGAUGGAUGUGUGUCCCAUCGGUGAGCCAUCGGUCUCGUCGUGUGCCCAGACAGACAUUAGCGUGAGUGCUCAGGUCCUACUGCCGGUCAGUGUUGAGACCCAGACGUUUUCCUCUAAGGCCAAAGCCACCACCACCAUAGGGGCGCAAACCGACACCCACAGUCUCAACCAACUUCCCUGCCUCUCUUCCUCCCAGUCUCCCUACAUCACCAGACAGACCCAGACCAACUUCCCGCUAGCUGGGUUGGAAGAGAGGACUCCGAUCAACCAGCCCAUCAUGUGCUCAGACCUCUUUGACAGCUACUCCCUCAGUGUCUCAACACAGACCGCACCGAUGGAUGCCCACUUCAGAGCCCAUAGUGUCAACAGCCCCGUCUCCACCGCAGGUCACGGUUUCUAUGACGACGACAAAUCUGCCGCGGGAAUGUGUUUUGGCAUGCAGACAGACGAUCUCCAGCCGGGUAGCGUAGCAGACAACCAAACCCAGACCACCUUGGCUCUGUUCAACGACCUUGAGAACAUCUUGUCUGGUGACUCUCUAUCUGCUCACCAGGUGUUAGUAGAUUCUUCAACAGACUGUGGGUCUGGCCUGGGCUCGGUUCAGGAACAGCACACAGGCAUUGACUUUGACUUUGAAGAGUUCCUGAAUGCGGCCCACAUCCAGACACAGACGGAGGAGAGUGAGCUUGGUGGCCUGGGGGCUGACACGCACCUGGAGGUUCUGGACAUCCAGACCCAGACAGACUUCCUCCUCUUGGAAGACCUGGUGAACAGUGAGGGGCCAGGCCGGAGCCAGGCAGGUGACCUGGAGCUGGAAAUGUUUGACACUCAAACCCAGACAGACCUUAACUUCCUGCUGAACGCUGGAGGCCACAUGCCUCUGGGCAACAUUCUGCGCCAGUCAAGCUUCUCUAUUAGCACUGAUUCCUCCGACACUGAGACACAGACAGACCUCCGCCAACCACUGACUCCAACGCCAAACUCCAACACCAUUUCCUCUGUCGUCAAUGGCGACCAGGCCAGGCUUCUAAGUAGUGCAGAGACUCAGACAGUUACCCAUAAGGCAUCAGAGGGCUUUGGAAACCUCUUCCUGACCAGCAACGAGACCCAGACUGUAAUGGAUGACUUCCUGUCAGCUGACAUGGCCUGGAACAUGGAGUCCCACUUCAGCUCAGUGGAGACACAGACAUGUGAGGAGCUGUUUGCACUGUUUCAGCACUCUGAGAAGCCCAACAGCUGAAUACCCCAUUUUCCAUAGAGGCUACCUUAUCAGUCUAUAAAACAGGUUUCUUUUGUCUGUCCAGGAGGGCGUUUUCUGGGCUUCUACUUAUCCUCUAUGGUCAAUAUCCCUCUACUAAUGGAUGUUUGUAUAGAUGUAGAAGCGAGCCUUCUCUUAGAACAUUCCACAAAAAAAUAUGGCAUGUCCCAGAAGGCUCCAAAGCACUUUAUCUGUCCAUAAAUAUGAGUUCUCAUCCUGUUUAUGUAUUUGCACAUACUAUUUAAGUAUAUAAUUUGUCAGAAAGCCCGCUUAUUCUGUUUACAAUGUUUCGACAUCAGAGCACCAGUGUGCUAACUGUCAUGUUUUCAUUAAGAGUCUGUAAUGCCUUUUGGUCUUUCCUUAAUUAAAUGUCUGUUGAAUGUUUCCGGCAUUUUCAUGUGGCACACAUGCUGUACGAGUGAAAUUCUAAAUAGUUGCCUCACUCUCAUUGUUGAACUGUGAUCGUGAAGUGCAGUCUAGUUAAAAUCGGCCUGUAGUUGUAGGGCUAUGUAUAAGCUGGGUGGGGUCACAGCGUAAGCAGACUAGCUUGUCAUUGUAUUUCACUUAUUCAUUACAUGGCUGUAAGUGUAUAGCGGCACAGUGGGCUGAAGUGGUACAAUACUUAACAAAAACACUAUGAGGAUAUAGCUUUUCUUUAGAAUUGAGUGCAUUGUGAUUGUGGGUCCACCACAUAUUGUCAAGGCUAAACCUUACUAAUCAUAAACUGUCUAAAUGUUGCAGUUUAUAUCAGACUUUUUGAUGAGUUGUUACAAUCUGAUGUAUAAUGAAAUGGAUGGGUCUUAGCUGGUAUCAUUGUUACCUAAGUUAGGCUACCUCAUUGCACAUGAACCCCAUUCUUUCAAACAGACAUUUGUCAAUACAAUGUCGUUGUGAACUUUACAAGAGCUCUCCGGUUUCAGUAUUUCUUAAUGUUUGAUUUUGUUGGUGCCUUAAUCCAAGUAUUUCAGAUUUUGUGUAUUUGUUCUGGUCAGUUUGUGAUACUUAAUGCUGCUUGAAGCACAAAGGAGAUGAGGAUUAAAACAAGUCUUAUAUUUAUUUGUGGGAGGCAUAUUCAAAGAACACUUGAGUAUCUUUAAUUUGCAUGUUGUCUUCAUUUUCUGUCCUUGCGAUAUGUUGUGUUGCACAAUAAGUUAGAAUGUUAGUAUUUGGAAAACGGUGUCUUCCAGAGGGGUGAGAUAGUAUUCAUAUGUUGGUGAAGCUCAUAUUGUUGCUGGAAGAUCCACUUUCGACUAGCUGUCUGCCUCCUGGCAGAAUCAACAAGGAUUGAAGGACUUGAAGUUUGUCCUGUUGACCUAAAGUGCCACAGGACCAGUGGAAGCGAAAUCGCUCAAUAGCAUUAAACACUUCUCUAGACAGAUGCUAUGCAACUUUUAUUCUUGCUAAGGUGAGAUAUUUAAAACGGAGGCGACCAUAUUUUUUUUUGAAAGAAACUAACUUUAGUUUUUUUUGAGCAAUUGUAGUAACAUAAAAUUAAUACAAUCCCAAAAAAAUUUUUAAGCGUAGCUCUGUAUUUGAAUACUUUUGUUAAUUUUUAUCAACAGUGUAAAUACUUUUUCUCACCCCUCUGAUCUACAUCAUGUCUAUGUUCUAAGAAUUUAUAUGCAGUAUUUUUUUUCAAAGGCAUCAUUUCUCCUACGGUGGUACACGCAGUAGGUUUUGAAUUGUACCGAUAAACUGCAGAAUGUAUAUAACACUGUGCCCAUACAUGUUUUUGCACUGUAUCCUGAAGAAACUGAACUGUUUCAUUCCAGUAUGUAAAAGAUUUUCAUACUCAACCACUACAUUUCUUAAUUUUAUUGUACCGCACUGAACAUUACUGCAUUUUAAAUUAUUGUUAAUAAACUCGAUUUAUAAUAGUGCAAAGGGAAAGCUGCCUUGCUGUAAAAAAAGUAUGUACAGUGGACUACACCGAGGUGUCAACUAGUGCUUUGGCUUUUCUCAGUAGGGAGUGCAUGCAGUCUUUGGUGCCUGAAGAAUGUAUUUCAGUUGCAUUUCUGUUUGCAGACUAUUCUGUUCUAUUUCUUGUGUGUGUGUGUGUGUGUGUGUGUGUGUGUGU